AUGGAAGCUGAUAGCGACGACGAAAUAGACUCUAGAGAUUCUCAACAAAGUUCAGAUGCUGAAGCGGGCGAACAUAGUCCCUUUUCAGAAGGUACUUUUCAAAAUGAAUUCUCUCUUAAUUUCUAUACACUUAUUAUAUGGCAUUGCACUUCAGAGGAAUAUGGCCUCGACGAGACUUUACAACCAUUUAAUAGUACUGCUUCGUCAAUUUUGCCACCGAAUCGAAAACCGUUUGCGGAAGAUUGUAAAACCUACGACAUAGUUCCAUUAGUCGCAGCCAUUCAUGCCUGCCAUAUACAUUCACUUGAUGCAACAAAAAACAUGCGAUGGGUUUUUACGGGUGGAGAGGAUGGAUUUAUAAGAAAAUACGAUUUUUUUUCUUCAAUGGGUGGUAAAACAUUGCUAACACAAAAUCAGAAACAUACACAAGUUGAAUCUGUUCAAAAGGCAGGUGUAAUAUUAUCAUAUUGGGAAAAUGAGGAAAUACCGGAAACUUUACCAGUCACAGUCAAACCUGCAGAAGAUGAUGUCACACAAAAUGUACAGGAACCACCAUUGCCGGAGUUAAAAAUGUCACCCGUUUAUAGUUUAGCAGUACAAUCUGAAGCCGUUUGGUUAUUAAGUGGUUUAGAGAUAACUAAUGAUGAGACGGGUUUUGUGAGCGGUUCAUGGGACAAAACCAUAUUGCAUUGGGAUCUUAACACUGGGCAAAUUGUGCGAGAGUAUCCUGGUCAUAGUUCCCAAAUUAUGUACGAAGAAUCGGAUAAUACGAUAACACAUUCUGGUGAUAUACUACUUACCACGAGCAUCGACGGCAAUUGUCUUGUAUGGGAUAAAAGGUCAGGAAAUUUGAUACCGCCGAGAAAGCUGCCGCUUCCCGAAAAAACGCCACCAUGGUGUUUAUCAGCUUGUUGGAGUGCCGAUGGUAAUAAAGUUUACUGUGGGCGACGUAACGGAACCGAUAAUGUUAGUAAUUUAGCAAUUAAUACGGAAAAAUAUUUAACCUACCUUCCCCAUGAUGGUUUCAAUAAUCAAAGAAUUGCAUUAGAAAAUGCAAUAUUCUUGGCAUGGUUUUUAAACAGAACUCUGAUAAUUCCGCCUCUCCUUCUUUUUAAAGGACUUGCACCAACUAUUCGCCAGCCAUAUGAUGAAUUAUCCAAAUUUUUAUCGCAAACUAUACAUCCAAACAAAAAUCAUUUUAAAUUCUGUUCUAGAAAAAAGAAUUGCAAGAUAGUAACUUAUACAAUGUAUAAUUGGGAAAAAUUACUGGAUUUUACAUUUUUGAAGCAUAAUAUUAAAUAUAUUCAUCGUCAAAAUUUUAAUUUUAAAUAUUUAUUGGCAUCACUUCAUAUUGAUAAUAGUACAGAA